AUGCCUCCUCGGAUACCCGCCCCACAAGGGCUGCGAAGUCUUACGCUCUGCCUGCGCCCGGCGCCCGUUGCGGCUCCCAGUUUCACGCCGCUGGUGCAAGCGGCUAAACUUUCGACGAAGGAGAAGAAGCGGCUGAUGAAGCAGGAUCCGUACGGCUGGGCCCAGGCGCAGCAGCGCAAGAACGCAAACCUCAAGCGGCGAGAAGAGCUUGAGAAGGAGCGCAAGGCCGGCUGGGGCGACCCCGUACACGGCAUCGUUACGCCCUUCGUCGAGUCCUUCGACACGGCCGGUCAGCAGCCCGUAGCCGGCGAGGGCAGCGCGUCCGACGAGCCUCACCCGUUACCAACCUCGCCGCACAUCAUCAACAACUUUCUUACCAAGGAAGAACUCGAGCAAGCGAUUGAGCAUGCGCGGCGGGUGACACAGCCGCUGGUGGGCGAGGAGAACACCACAUCGGACCCGGAGCUGGAGACGCACGAGUUGAAGGAGCACGAGGAGAAGCACGCCAAGGCGUUGGUGGCGUUGCAGCGCAUCACCGACCUCAAGAACGCCAGCGCCAAGGACCGGAAGCACGCCAACAUCCGCCGCUGCAUCGAGACGUUUGGGCGGCAUGUCACGGACGAGAAGCUUGAGAAUCCAGCACCGCCACCGGCGCGCGGGGUCGUACCGCAGCCGAGGCCGAUCCGGGCCGGGCCGGACACGGGGAGCAGCGAGGUGCAGAUUGCCAUCCUGACGUCCAAGAUUCGGGCGCUUGCGUUGGCGUUGGAGGGGCCUAAGGGACACCGGGAUAAGAACAACAAGAGGAGUCUGCGGAGGUUGUGUCACAAGCGGCAGAAGCUGCUGAAAUAUCUGGAGAGGAAGGAGCGGGGAAGCGGGAGGUGGCAGCAUCUGGUUGAGACGCUAGGCCUGACACCAGCUACGUACAAGGAGCAGAUCUCACUGUGA